CCGUAGUAGUGGCUUAUCCUCAUCUCUCAUGUCCCUCACCAUACAACCAAAACUUGUGUCCCUCACCAUUCGAGGCAAACAUUUCAAUUCCUUGGAAUUUAAUUGAAUUCCCACGAAACGUAAGACCCUAGAGAGAGAGAGAGAGAGAGAGAGAGUUGGGACUUGAGAUGACAGGGGCGAUGGUGAUACAGCAGAGCCUCUUCAAUAGAGGCACUGCACUUUCUCUCUCUAAAUCUAGCCUCUCUUUAAAACCCAACUACCCUGAUACACCAGAUAACCUUCUCAGAGUAUCAUUUUCCGGCUUCAAUGGCUCCCCUCUCAAAAAUCCUCGCCAAUCAGCCUCCCCUCAGGAUAUAAUGAAGAGAAAGAGGAGUUUCGGCAUCAGAGCCUCCGCAGCAAGUCCUAAGAAGAUACUGAUAAUGGGAGGCACCCGAUUCAUUGGAGUCUUCUUGUGUAGACUGCUCAUCAAAGAGGGCCAUCAGGUGACCUUGUUUACCCGUGGUAAAGCACCCAUCACCCAACAAUUGCCCGGCGAAUCAGACCAAGACUAUGCCGACUUCUCUUNUCAGGUCUUACAUCUAAAGGGAGACAGGCAAGACUUUGAAUUUGUGAAGACCACUCUCUCUUCUUCAGACUUUGAGAUUGUGUAUGACAUAAAUGGUCGAGAAGCUGUAGAAGUGGAACCCAUAUUGGAUGGCCUACCUAAGCUAGAACAGUAUAUAUACUGCUCCUCUGCUGGUGUAUACCUCAAGUCUGACCUGUUGCCACAUUUUGAGACCGAUGCAGUUGAUCCAAAGAGUAGGCACAAGGGGAAGCUUGAAACAGAAAUUUUGUUAGAUUCAAGAGAUGUGAAUUGGACAUCAAUUAGACCUGUGUAUAUAUAUGGCCCUCUUAAUUACAAUCCUGUUGAAGAAUGGUUCUUUCAUCGACUCAAAGCCGGCCGCCCAAUUCCAAUACCCAAUUCAGGGAUACAAGUUACACAAUUAGGUCAUGUUAAGGACUUGGCAAGGGUUUUUGUGACAGUCCUUGGUAAUCCAAAAGCAAGCAAGCAAGUCUACAAUAUAUCCGGAUCAAAAUAUGUGACAUUUAGUGGUUUAGCCAAGGCUUGUGCCAAGGCGGGUGGGUUUCCAGAACCUGAAAUAGUUCAUUACAAUCCAAAGGAAUUUGAUUUUGGAAAAAAGAAGGCAUUCCCCUUUAGAGAUCAGCACUAUUUUGCAUCCAUAGAGAAAGCCCAAAGGGAGCUUGGGUGGACCCCGGAAUUCAGUCUUGUCGAAGGUCUUACCGACUCCUACAAUCUAGACUUUGGCAGAGGUACUUUUCGGAAGGCUGCUGACUUCUCCACAGAUGAUCUCAUUCUCAGUAAAAAAUUGGUGCUCCAAAGCUAGUCCUGCAUAGAGUUGCCACUCCCUCCUCUUUCUCUUCAUGUUUUUGGUAAAUGUGUUUGGGUUGUAUAUGUGAAUCCAUAAUCAAAAGUCCCAGUAACUAGGACAUCAAUGUGAUAGAUGGCAGCUAAGAUCAAGGAUGGAGGCUUGCUAGUGGGCUGGGAAAUGGAGAUUAAAAAAGAUUCAAGAUGUAUUUUGCCUUUUUUUGUUAAAGAAAAUAAGGUUCAUUUGUUUUAACAAUGAUAAUUUUUCUUUCCUUUUGAGUAAAUUUUGAACAUGAAAAGUAAA